AUGAUGUUUAUAGGAACAUCAAGGGAAAAAUUCUUUUACCAUAACACUUUAUUGUGUUUAGUAAAAUCACUACAAAACAAAAAUAUUACAAUUGAUCUUAGAAAUGACUCAUAUGUUUGUGGUGAACUAUCUACAGUAGAUGGCUAUAUGAAUAUCUCACUCAAUAAAGCUGUGUAUUGUGAUACACAGGGGAAUGAAUACUAUUUUGAUAAUAUGUUUGUACAGGCUCGAAAUAUUAGAUAUGUGCACAUCCCACAGACCAUAUCCAUGUUAGGAAAUAUUAAAGAUGAAUUAAAUAAAGGGAAACAUAAGAAUCUUGAUAAUGAUAAAAAACCACCAAUAAAAUCUAGAAAAGCAACAAAGGCAUUAAAACAGCAUAUGAAAGUUGUGGCUGAUUUAGAAACUAAUAAA